UGGCCCUUCCAAACCGGCGUCCAAAGCUCCGGGUGGCCGCGGCACCGCCGGGAGCCGAGCGCGCUGGGCGCGGCCGUCCCGCUGCCGCUGCCAGCGCGUGAGAGCCCUGAGUGCGCCCGCGGCGAUGGUCCCCGCGGCGGCGACCGGCGCCUGAGCCCCGGGACGCGCGAGCACUGGAGGCAGGCGGCAGGCUGUGCGGGCGCAGCGGAGAGGCCGACAGAAGGUGAACGCUGUGGGCUAUGGGAUGGAUGAGGUGGAGCAAGACCAGCAUGAGGCCCGACUCAAGGAGCUGUUUGACAGUUUUGACACAACAGGCACUGGGUCCCUGGGACAGGAGGAACUCACCGACCUUUGCCAUAUGUUGAGCUUGGAGGAGGUGGCUCCGGUGCUGCAAGAGACGCUGCUUCAGGACAACCUCCUGGGCAGGGUGCAUUUUGACCAAUUUAAAGAAGCAUUAAUACUUAUCUUGUCCAGGACUCUAUCAAAUGAAGAACACUUUCAAGAACCAGCAUCUGUGGGUGUCAGCUGCCAACAAGUAGCUCGGGUGUCUGGGCCGAUCCUGAAUACUCACAAGCUGACACACUCUCUUCUGAUAAAAGACUGCCCGCUAGAAGCUCAGCCCAAAUAUGUUAGAGGUGGGAAACGUUAUGGGCGAAGGUCCUUACCGGAGUUUCAAGAAUCUGUGGAGGAGUUUGCAGAGGUGACAGUGAUUGAGCCCCUAGAAGAAGAAGAAGCAAGGCCUUUACACAUCCCGGCCAGUGACCGCAAUGAGCACUGGAAGACGCAGCACAGUGAGGAGUAUGAAGCGGAAGGCCAGCUAAGAUUUUGGAACCCAGAUGAUUUGACUGCCUCCCAAAGUGGGUCUUCCCCUCCCCAAGACUGGAUAGAAGAGAAACUGCAGGAGAUUUGUGAAGAUUUGGGGAUUACCCGAGAUGGUCACCUGAACCGAAAGAAGCUGGUCUCCAUCUGUGAGCAGUAUGGUUUGCAGAAUGUCAAUGGAGAGAUGCUUGAAGAAGUCUUCCAUAACCUUGAACCUGAUGGUACAAUGAGUGUAGAAGAUUUUUUCUACGGUGUGUUCAAAAAUGGAAAAUCCCUUACACCAUCGGCAUCUACUCCAUAUAGACAACUGAAAAGGCAUCUUUCCAUGCAGUCUUUCGAUGAGAGUGGACGACGUACUACAACCCCAUCGGCGAUGACAAGUACCAUUGGCUUUCGGGUCUUCUCCUGCCUGGAUGACGGGAUGGGCUAUGCGUCAGUGGAGAGAAUACUUGACACCUGGCAGGAAGAGGGCAUUGAGAACAGCCAGGAGAUCCUGAAGGCCUUGGAUUUCAGCCUUGAUGGAAACGUCAACCUGACAGAAUUGACACUGGCUCUUGAAAAUGAACUUUUGGUCACCAAGAAUGGCAUUCACCAGGCGGCUCUGGCCAGCUUUAAAGCAGAAAUCCGGCAUUUACUGGAGCGUGUUGACCAAAUGGUCAGAGAAAAAGAGAAGCUACGGUCAGAUCUGGACAAAGCCGAGAAGCUCAAGUCUCUAAUGGCCUCAGAGGUGGACGAUCACCAUGCGGCCAUAGAGCGGCGGAAUGAGUACAACCUCAGGAAACUGGAUGAAGAGUACAAGGAGCGCAUAGCAGCCCUAAAGAAUGAACUCCGAAAGGAGCGAGAGCAGAUCAUGCAACAGGUGGGCAAGCAGCGUUUGGAACUUGAGCAGGAAAUUGAGAAGGCAAAAACAGAAGAGAACUACAUCCGAGACCGCCUUGCCCUCUCUUUAAAGGAAAACAGUCGUCUAGAAAAUGAGCUUCUGGAAAAUGCAGAGAAGUUGGCAGAAUAUGAGAAUCUGACCAAAAAACUUCAACUGAAUUUGGAAAAUGUGUUAGCAGAAAAGUUUGGUGACCUCGAUCCCAACAGUGCUGAAUUCUUCCUGCAAGAAGAGAGGUUGGCACAGAUGAGAAAUGAGUAUGAGCAGCAGUGCAGGGAAUUACAAGACCAGGUAGAUGAACUCCAGUCUGAGCUGGAAGAAUAUCGCACACAAGGCAAAGUCUUCAGACUUCCCUUGAAGAACUCACUGUCUGAAGAACUUGAUGUUAACAGUGGUUGCCUUGAGCCUGACCAGGGGCUUGGUUCUGAAGAAUGCAAUCCAUUGAACAUGAGCAUCGAGGCAGAGCUGGUCAUCGAACAGAUGAAAGAACAUCAUCACAGGGACUUGUGUCACCUACGGCUGGAGCUUGAAGAUAAAGUGCAGCAGUAUGAGAAGCAGCUAGAGGAAACCAAGGUCGCCUGUGAAAAGGAGCAGGAGAACAUGAAGCAAAAACAUGAGAAUGAAGUGCACAUCUUGGAAAAACAAAUAAGUGACCUUAAAAAUGAAAUUGCAGAACUUCAGGGCCAGGCAGUGGUGCUCCAGGAGGCUCAACACAUGACUAACUGCAGGCACGAGGAGGAGAAGAAACAACUGCAGAUGAAGUGGGAUGAGGAGAAGACUCUUCUGCAGGAGAAGCUGAGGCUGGAACAUGAAGCGGCACUUAAGGACAGGCUGGAGCAGUCGGAGGAGAGCUUUCACCGAGAGAGGGAACGACUUCUCCAAGAUGGCGCCUGGACAGAAGAGAAGGUGAGGGGCUUGACUCAGGAACUAGAGCAACUUCACCAGGAGCAGCUGAAAAGCCUGGUGGAGAAGCACACUCUUGAGAAAGAGGAGUUGCGCAAAGAGCUCUUGGAAAAACACCAAAGGGACCUUCAAGAGGGAAGGGAAAAAAUGGAAACUGAGUGUAAUAGAAGAACCUGUCAGAUAGAAGCCCAGUUUCAGGCUGAUUGUCAGAAAGUCACUGAGAGAUGUGAAAGUGCUCUGCAAAGCCUGGAGAGGCACUACCACCAAGAGCUGAAGGAGCUCCUGGAACAACAGUGCGAGGAGAGAUCUCAGUGGGAGUUUGAGAAGGAUGAGCUCACCCAGGAGUGUGCAGAAGCCCAGGAGCAGCUGAAAGAGACUCUCCAAAGAGAGAAGGCAUCUUCCCUGGCCUUGACCCAGGAGAGAGAGAUGCUGGAGAAAACAUACAAAGAACACUUAAAUAGUAUGGUUGUCGAGAGAGAGCAGCUACUCAAAGACCUGGAAGAUCUAAGAACUGUGUCUGAAAGUCAGCAAAGCCUCCUGUCCAGCCAGAUACAUGAACUGCAAAGCAGUCAUGAAAGAGAGCUGCAGAACCGCGAGCAGGUCCUGUGCCAGGCAGGCGUCUCCGAGCAGCUUGCCAACCAGCGGCUUGAAAGGCUAGAAAUGGAACGUGACCAGGAGAGGCAGGAAAUGAUGUCCAAGCUUCUGGCCAUGGAGAGCAUCCACAAAGUGACCUGUGAGAAUGCAGAACGAGAGAGAGCUGAGAUGAGUGCAGAAAUCUCCCGGCUUCAGAAUAGAAUUAAGGAAAUGCAGCAGGUGGCAUCUCCUCCCUCCAGGCUUCAGAAUGGCUGCCAGGAGAUGGGAGAGGAGGAGGCAGAAGGAAGUGGAGCCAUGUCUCUGCUCCAGCAGGGAGAGCAGCUGUUGGAAGAGAACGGAGAUGUCCUCUUAAGCCUGCAGAGAGCUCACGAACAAGCAGUGAAGGAAAAUGUGAAAAUGGCUACUGAAAUUUCUAGACUGCAACAGAGAUUGCAAAAGUUAGAGCCAGGGUCAGUAAUGUCAUCUUGUUUGGAGGAGCCAACUACUGGACUUUUUGGAAAGUCUGUGGAACAAACAGAGCCAUUUUUACUGCAGAACAGAAUGAAGCAAGUAGAAAGUGUAACCAGGCAGCACAUCCCAAGUGACCUGCAAGACAAUGAGGUCCAGGAUCUGGGCAGCACUGGAACAAGCUCUGUUCAGAGACAGGAGGUCAAAAUAGAGGAGUCUGAAGCAUCCAUAGAGAGUUUUUCUGAACUUGAAACCAGUGAGGAGACCAGGACUGAGACCUGGGACCUGAAGAAUCAGAUUUGUCAACUUCAGGAACAACUAAUAAUCUUACGUGCAGACUGUGAUCGAGCUUCUGAAAAGAAACAGGACCUACUUUUUGAUGUUUCUGUGCUAAAAAAGAAACUAAGUAUGCUUGAGAGAAUCCCUGAAGCUUCUUCCAAGUAUAAAUUGUUAUACGAAGAUGCUAGUAGAGAAAAUGACUGUCUCCAGGAAGAGCUGAGAGUGUUGGAGACGCAGUACGAUGAAGCCCUAGAAAACAACAAAGAACUCACUUCAGAAGUUUUCAGAUUACAGGAUGAGCUGAAGAAAGUGGAAGAAAUGACUGAAACAUUUCUUAGCCUGGAAAAGAGUUAUGAUGAGGUCAAAAGAGAAAAUGAGAACCUGCAUGUGGUUGUUUUAAGACUUCAAGGCAAGAUUGAGACGCUGCAAGAAAGAGCAGUGCUACAGUGUGACUGCUUCUCCUUCUGGGAAGCCCGUUUAAAGAGCCUGGACUGCAAAGCUGGUGGGAAGGUACUUGAACUAAGUCAGACACUGGGAGAGUGUGUGCCAAAGGUUAUGAAUGUACACCAGGUUAUAGAAGAACAUUAUCAAGAAAACCGGUACCUCGAGCAGAAGAAUACACAGAUUUUAGAAAAAAUAAAAGCACAUGAAAUUGCCUGGCUGCGCAGAACAAUCCGGACGCAUGGAGAAAAGCCUGGAGAACAGAAUCAAGUCAUAUUAGAGGAAAACACUGCUCUCCUAGGCCUUCAAGACAAACAUUUUCAGCGUCAGGCCAUGAUAGCAGAGUUAGAACUGGAGAAACAAAAGCUGCAGGAGCUGACUAGAAAGUUGAGGGAGAAAGUCACUAAUUUAAUUAAACAAAAAGAUGUACCUUCUCAAGGAGGAAAGGAGGAAGAGUUGAAGGCAAUGAUGCAUGACUUGCAAAUCACGUGCAGUGAGAUGCAGCAGAAAGUUGAACUGCUGAGAUAUGAAUCUGAGAGGCUUCAAGAGGAAAAUUCUAUUUUGAGAAGUGAAAUUACUACUCUAAAUGAAGAAGAUAGCAUUUCUAACCUGCAAUUGGAGAAAUUAAAUGGAUCUCAGGAAGAAAUGUGGCAAAAUAUAGAAACUGUAAAACAGGAAAAAGCCACAGUUCAGAAGAUGGUUGAAAAUUUAAAGAAACAGAUUUCAGAAUUAGAAACCAAAAACCAACAGUUGGAUUUGGAAAAUACGGAACUUAGCCAAAAGAAUUCUCAAAGUCAGAAAGAACUGCGAGAACUUAAGCAACGUCUGGCAGAAGUGCUGUGCCAGAAGGAGAAGGUGCCAGAACACAGCACAUUCGGGAACUGUGAAGAAGAAAAGUCCAAUCUGCAAGAGGAGCUGGAACACCGUGAAGUGCAGUCCUCCACUUUAGUAUCUUCUCUGGAAGCAGAACUUUCUGAAGUUAAAAUACAGACUCAUAUUGUGGAACAAGAAAACCUCCUUCUCAAAGACGAACUGGAGAAAAUGAAACAACUGCACAGAUGUCCUGAUCUCUCUGACUUCCAGCAAAAAAUUGCUAGUGUUCUAAGCUACAAUGAAAAACUGCAAAAAGAGAAGGAAGCUCUAAGUGAAGAAUUAAACAGCUGUAUUGAUAAGUUGACACAAUCAAGUCUUUUAGAGCACAGAAUUGCUACGAUGAAGCAAGAACAGAAGUCUUGGGAACACCAGAAUGAAAGCUUGAAGUUGCAACUAGUGGCUUCACAGGAAAAGGUCCAGAGUUUAGAGGACACCCUGCAGAACGUAAACCUUCAAAUGUCCCGGAUUAAAUCCGAUCUACGAGUGACUCAGCAGGAAAAGGAGGCUUUAAAACAAGAAGUGAUGUCUUUACAUAAGCAACUUCAGAAUGCUUGUGACAAGAACGGGGCCCCAGAAGUAGCCAGCCAGCCAUCAGGAUUCCACAGCCAGCAGCAACGGCUGUCUUGGGACAAGUUGGAUCAUCUGAGGAAUGAGGAACAACAGCUGCUUUGGCAAGAGAACGAGAGACUCCAAACUGUGGUGCAAAACACCAAAGCGGAACUCACAUACUCCCAGGAGAAGGUCCAUCAACUGGAAUCCAACCUUUUCCCCACCAAGCACCAAAAACAUCUCAACUCAUCAGGUACUGUGAAGCCCACAGAGCAGGAAAAAUUGAGCUUAAAGAGAGAGUGUGAACAGUUUCAAAAGGAAAGAUCUCCUACAAAUAGAAAGGUCAGUCAAAUGAAUUCCCUUGAACAAGAAUUAGAAACAAUUCAUUUGGAAACUGAAGGCCUGAAAAAGAAACAAGUAAAACUGGAUGAGCAGCUAAUAGAGAUGCAGCACCUGAGGUCCACUGUGAUGCUUAGCCCAUCCCCUCAUGCUUGGGAUCUGCAGCUGCUCCGGCAGCAAGCCUGUCCAAUGGUGCCCAGGGAGCAGUUUCUGCAGCUUCAACACCAGCUGCUGCAAGCAGAAAGGAUAAACCAGCACCAGUGGGAGGAACCUGAAAACAGAACCUCCGAAACCAACACACCACAGGAAAACCAGGAACAACUGGUAACUGUCAUGGAGGAACGAAUGAUGGAAGUUGAACAGAAACUGAAACUGGUGAAAAGGCUUCUUCAGGAGAAAGUGAAUCAGCUCAAAGAACAACUCUGCAAGAAUACUAAAGCAGAUGCAACGGUGAAGGAUUUGUAUGUUGAAAAUGCCCAGUUGUUGAAAGCUCUGGAAAUGACUGAACAGCGACAAAAAACAGCCGAGAAGAAAAAUUACCUCCUAGAAGAGAAGAUUGCGAGCCUCAGCAAUAUAGUCAGGAAUCUGACACCAGCACCAUUGACUUCUACACCUCCCUUGAGGUCCUAGCAAAGCCAAAGGAUACACUCGUGUUUGUGCACUUUACUGAAAUGGGUGGGACAUUUCAGUAGGUUCUGUCAACCUCUUUUUUAAUUAUUAAGUUAAAAAACCUUUAAUGGCUUCAAGUUAAGCCUAACUUAGGACUGCCAGCAACAGAAUUGAAGUCUUCAUUCACUGUAAUGAGUUUUUCUAAACAGACUCUAAUGGGAGUUGCAAACAGUCACGUAUUUCACUGUUUGAAGUAUUCCCAACUUUUGAAUUUUUAAGAAGAUUCUAACAGCCACCAAGAAGGUAGAUAUUAAAAACAAUUCCAGAACCUUAAAAUACCGGUUUUGAAUGAGUUUUUUGAAAUAAUUAUUAAAUUCUAGCUAUUUUCAGUUUGAUAUCUAAUUAAUUUUGUUGUUUUGAUCUUUAUUUUAAACCAAAUGUAUGCCUUCUUAACAUUUAAAUAUGGAAAGUCAUUCUGUUUCUAAUAGUUUCAUUCUUUGAAUUAACUGUAGACUUCCUACAUGGCAACAGAAACUGCGCUUAAUAACCACUGAAGUCAAAAAAGACAAUCCGUAGAACUCUACCUUCUGAGACCUUUGACAGUAUUACCACUCUUGAUGUAUUAUAGAUAUAUUACUGAUUUACUCGGCGGCACUGUUAACUAAUUCUGCAGCUUUACUUUCUUUAAAUAGCCCUCUUUUUCCUUCUUAUAAGUUUUACUUGGGAGCUUGUCUUCUAAAAAUGGAUAAAGCCACAUUCUUAAAGCAUUUGAACUAUAGGGAAAGCACUGGACAGACCACUUUGGAGAACAGCUACUCUUAGAAGGGAGAAAAGGACACCAGGUGGGUUUUUCUCUCUCAAAAGUCUGGGAAUUUAUGAGAUUACAUUUGGGGUUGCCUCAAGAACUCAGGGAACAAUACUUUAAACUGUCUUCCUGAAAUAACAUAGGGCCUCUGUAAGAAUUUAAAAUGUAUAAACCUCAUGACCUUAUUUAUUUGUCUUAUAUUUAGAGCCAUAGUGAGAUUUUUAUUUCUACACUAUUAGUGAAUGUAAUCUUCUGAAAAAAGGCCUUGAUUUUACAGUUAAAAUCCUCUUCCAAACUAUGGAAUAGUUAUUAUUUGCUUGUUUGUUUAAAUAGAUCAAAAUUUCCAUACUUCCUAUUCCUCUACACCUCAAAUCUGAUAAUAAGAAUUUCUUACUGUGACAAGUAAGUACUGGCAUGCCAUCUGAGGAAAAGGAGUGCCAAGUAGCGUUUCCCAUUUAGUCUCAAUAACAGAACUUUAUAGAAUAAUACACGUUGCAGAUUCAAUAACUUUUUUACCCUCCAAGUAAAAUCUACAAAGUAGCCUACAUCAGCCAGCAGUUGGUGGAGGACUUAGUAAGUGAAGCCCAUCACAGUCAUCUAAUUGUUUUUGUGAGAGAGCAAUUAGAUAAGAAAAAUAAACUUUGCUGUAUCCCAGGAAGGCCAAACCCACUAAUUCACAAGCAGUACAACAGCAAAAUUAAACACUGCUUUAUGGGCAGGAACAAAAGAUGAAGCAAACUGCCUAAGAAGUCAUAUGUCAGAAACUCAAUCUCAAUACAAGUUGCAUCAAGGAAUUUCAGAGUUCCUCCAGUCCUAACCAUGUUCCAUGUCCCAGCUGCCAACACAGGAGUCUUCACUGCAAGAGCCCUGACAAGGCAUGGUUGUUUAUGGGACUGGGAAUUCCCAUUCAUGAAGCAAACCUUUUCACAUCUUGACAGCCUUUAUCAGAAAGUUCUGAUUUCCUCUUGGAAAGGGAAUUUUAAUCUUUCCCUACAAGUACACUUUAAAGCAUUUGGUAUCUGCUAUCACACCUUCCCUCAUCUUUCUUUUCCAAACAUUACUAGUAAAUAUAACUACUCUCAUGGCUUUGGAUUUAACAGAGAAUCUUUUUCACUGAAAACUGUGGUUAGGCCUAGGCUAAGGUCAUAAAUAACCUAAGUGUCUAUGGUGUACUUAUGUGAUAUAUAUAUUACUCAAUGUUAUUGCCAUCAGAAAUGAACACCAAGAAUAUUUCUCAAAUAUUUACCUUAGUGUGUGCUCACAUUGUAAUUUUUACAUUAUGAAAAGUGUAGGUUAAUUUGUUUAUUUCUCAUAAAUCUGUAUUUGUGUGUGUAUAAAAUCCUGUACAGUGAAUGUGAAUAUGACUUUCUGGAAGGCUAUAGACUACAUUUAGAAUCCCUUUAUCCAAAAUCAAGAUGCUGCUCAGAUGAAAGUUUGUUUAACCAACAUCUAGGUGCUUAAUUUCUUGCUUUACUGCAUUUGUAAGAUUGGGGGAAAAGUCAACAUGAGAAAUGUAGUUACCUUAAACUUACACAUUUGUGUGACAGUUUAUUUUUAUAAAGUAGUUUAGAAUAGGAAUUUAAUUGGCAAUUGAUAAUAUAGCUUAUAGCUUUUUAAAAGACCUUUUAGCCCUGGCUGGUGGGCCUCAGUGGAUUGAGUACUGGACUGCAAAGCAAAGGGUUGCUAGUUCAAUUCUCAGUCAGGGCACAAGCCUGGGUUGUGGGCCAG